CAUGUCGAGUAAAGUGAGCAAGAGAGUGGGUUUCAGCCCAGAUGUCAACGAGAAACCACCACCAACCUUCCAUAAGAAUGGUUGCGGCACCAAAGUCCGCGGAAAAAAGAGGAGGCUAAUUGAAAUUUUAAGUUUUAGGGCGACCAAUGACUCGAGCUUUUCACCAGUGGGAAUUCUAAGGUGGAUUGGAGCUAGAGUUGCUAGAGCACUCUGUUGUGUCCCCAUUGGAAGGAGGUCCACCUGUAAGGUUUCUUCGUCUAGCUUGGCGAGGUCAAGGUCAUAUGCAGAGAUGAUUGAUUCUCAUCGAGCUGAAGCUGUAGAGGAUUACAUUGAGUUCUUGAACUCUUCCUCCUCCUCCUCCUUGUGGAGAUCAUUUCAAUCUCUGCAAAGAGUUCUUGCUAAGAUUUAAGAAGUCCUUUAUCUUUCUAUGGGAUGCUAAGAUGUUCUAGACGUAGGGUGGAAGAGUAGUAAAUGGGAGAAAGGAAGAUUUUAUGAUUCAUUCAUCAUUACU